AUGGGACAAAAAAUAAAUCCGCUUGGUUUCCGACUUGGUACAACUCAACGUCAUGAUUCUCUUUGGUUUGCACAACCAAUCAAUUAUUCAGAGAAUCUACAAGAAGAUAAAAAAAUACGAGAUUAUAUCAAGAAUUAUAUAAAAAAAAAUAUAAGAAUAUCUUCUGGUGUCGAGGGAAUAGCAGGGAUAAAGAUUAAAAAAAGAAUUGAUUUGAUUCAAGUCAUAAUCUCUAUGGGAUUUCCAAAGUUAUUAAUUGAGGGUAAGCCUGGAAGAAUAGAAGAGUUACAGAUGAAUUUACAAAAAAAACUCAAUUGUGUGAACCGAAAACUGAACAUUGCUAUUACAAGAAUUGCAAACCCUUAUGGACAUCCUAAUAUUCUUGCAGAAUUUAUAGCCGGGCAAUUAAGGAAUAGAGUUUCGUUUCGUAAAGCAAUGAAAAAAGCUAUUGAAUUAACUGAACAGGCGGGGACAAAAGGAAUUCAAGUACAAAUUGCGGGACGUAUCGACGGAAAAGAAAUUGCACGUGUCGAAUGGAUCAGAGAGGGUAGAGUUCCUCUACAAACCAUUCGAGCUAAAAUUGAUUAUUGUUCCUAUACAGUUCGAACUAUUUAUGGCGUAUUAGGGAUCAAAGUUUGGAUAUUUGUAAACAAAGAAUAA